AUGUUAUUAAUGGAAUCCUAUAUGUGCUAUUGCUCGGUGCGUCUGGGUGUCAUAAUCGUUUCUGUUCUGGCUAUCAUCCGUGAAUUGGCUCAUAGCAUUACGUUUUUCGCGUUGGGAGUCAAAGUUUUCGAGCCUUUAAACGAUUUGUUUGAGCACGACGCGGAGUAUAAGAACAGAAAGUGGGUUCGAAAGUACAUCAGUUGGAGUGAAGACGAUCCCGAGGUCUUAGGCGCAGUUGUUCACAUAGUAUCCUUUAUGCAUUCGGCUGCAGCCUGCUUAAGUAUUUAUGGUGCUAUCAAGUUACGGAAAUGGUUUCUACUGCCCUUGGCAUUCUUCGAGUUUGUCUACUUUAUAUACAUUACUUUCCUUCAUAUUGUUCUGAUGAUCAUGCUGAAGAAGCAGAUUAACUUGGGCUUUCUCAUCAUUCUCACUCUUUUGGGCUGUUUCUAUAUAUUGUUUGUGGGCUACAAUGCCUGCACCUGCGUGGCCAUGUUCCAGAUCAUCGGGCUGGUGAAGAGUGCCCGCUACUGCGAGCUCUACGGAGACGAUCCCUUCCAUCCGCUGGCCAUGAGAAGCAAUCGAUCGAAGGAUUCCGAGAAGCCGCUCCACGUGCUGCGAAUGCACGAGAUGCACGAUACAAAUAUCGACGAGGAGAAACGACUGAGCAAGCUGGGCCUGUGGCCACGUCGUCAGCCGCCGGUGGUGUCCGUCCUGCCCGUGCAGGCAGCUUAUCCGCACCCACCUCUGAAGUGGUGGCAGCAGCAGGCCCUGAGCACCGGGGAUGACCACCAGCCGGAUCCGUCCGUCUAUCGCAACUGGCACACCAACGAGCUACUCAACGGAGUGGGCGGCGAUUUCCAGCGCAAGAGUGAGCUGAAUCGACGCUACGCCGAGAAUCAGUUGCACCGAUAG